UAGUGGAUCUGCUUCAUGUCCCCUGUGUCUCCAGCAUGUCAAAGCCACUCCAGUCUUUGAAUCACUCAGACCCAGGGAGGCUUGCUAAUAGCCAAACCCAAGAGGCCUGUGAGGUGAAGCCGUCUGAAGCUGGGCACCUAUCACAUCUGACAGCUCGAGAAAGUGUCCCAGUGCUUAGAAAUCUUCAAAGCAAACUUUUCAUAAAAGAAUCUUCGUUGCAAGAGAUGAAGACCGAGUUAGAUAGUUACAAAGAAAGUAACGCCCAGCAGUCGCUACAGAUAAUGUCCCUGAGAGAUGACGUCAAGAACCUUCAGGACCACAUUGCUUCUCUAAUGAAAAUUAAGGUUUUGAAAGACACAAAUUCUCAGAGUCUGGGAAGAGGCAACUGGAACCUAACUGAGAGAGUUAUAGACCUAGAGAACCGCCUAAGAGAGCAUCUGGUGGAAAGAGAGAAGGUGGGGCGGAAGGCAGAGCUGGAGAAAAGAUGGCCCUGCUCCAGCAGAUUCUCUCCCUAUAUGAAUCUGAAAGAACCAGAGGAUUCCUUGGAUAUUUUCCCUGUGAAGGACAAUGGUGAAGCCUCCAACUUUGAGAGAGACAUUAUUUACUCUGAAGGACCAAUCGAUGGGCAAAACAUUGGCGGUAAAUGUCAACAAGAUUUGAUCCACAAAGAAAAACUAACAUCUGAGUUUGAAAGACCUCAAUACCCCUGCAGCUGGGAAACCACACCUGAGCAAUCCCAUCAUCAGGAUUUCCUUGGUCAGUUGGCUACUCUAUUGAGUGACAGCAUUGGUCCCAUACUAGCCACCGAGGAAGCAGUGAAAGAGAGGAUCCAGGAGAUGGGUGUGAAUGAACAAUUGUGGAAAUCUAAAACUGAAGCCCUGCAGCAGGAAAUUCAGAUGCUCACUAAGAGACUGGAGCAGCUGUACCACCUUUAUGAAGAAGCUGUUGAUAAGUCACCCCAAACUGAAGAAAAUUAUAUGGGGCAAAAAAGACCCUUGCAACAUCUGGAAGGACAGGCUGCUGUCAACUCCUGUCUUUUAGACAUGGGCAGGAAGAAAGAAAGCUCCAGGACUCGGUCUGCUCAGACAGAUAAACACAAGAAGUUCAAACAGUUAGACAUGUUAUUGGAUAUUGAACAGAAUUCGAAGAUGGCUGCAGCCCCAAGAAUGGAGGAGAAAAUUCAGAGACUCCAGAAGCAGCUUAGUGACUUGAAACUGUCAAAUAAAAAUAUGAAGACUCAACUGACAAGAAUAAAUAUACUUAAAGACAAGACAAUCGAGAGGCUCAGACAAUCUGUAACAAAAGUUGAAACAGUGAAAGAGAAGGCAGGUGCCAAAACAGACAACUUGAAAACCUCCUCAGACUCAGCGGAGCAGGCAGCAGGAUCAGAGAAGGAGAGGGUCUACCAGACACCCGCGCGGGCCCCCCCUGAGCCCUCUGCCAGGAGCGCACUGAAGGUCUCAGGACGAGAGCAAGAGCUUGCCGACUUUCGAGAAACCAUUAUGAAGAUGCUGGGAUUUAACAUGAAAACAGCGGACAAGGAAGCCAUUAAUCAACUGAAGCUUGUCAUCCAAGUUUAUGAAAUCUCCAGCAGAUCAAAGGUAGCUUCUCACUGUGAGACCAGACAGGAUAAGUGAGCCAGCACCUCCUCCACUU